UGUGAAUGGUCUAAAGAACGCCUGGCAUUAUUCUGAUGGCGAAGGGAAGAAGAAGUCUGGAUUUCUGUUUCAUUAAAUUGUUACAUGGUGAAAGUUUACUGCAAUGUUGAAAUUUCUACUUCUUGUUAAUAAGCAAGGACAUACACGCGUUUCACAAUACUACGAACACUUGGAUCUGGAAGAAAGAACGAAUAUGGAAGCUGAGAUUACGCGAAAAUGUUUGGCAAGGAGUGGCGACCAGUGUCCUUUUAUGGAAUUCAAGAAUUUCAAGGUUGUCUACAGGAGAUAUGCCUCACUACUCUUCAUAGUUGGUGUUGAUUCAGAUGAGAAUGAAUUGUCAAUACUUGAGUUCAUUCAUAACUUUGUAGAGACUUUGGGUCGGUAUUUUUCUAAUGUGUGUGAAUUGGAUAUUAUGUUCAACCUGGAUAAAGUACACAUGAUCUUGGAUGAAAUGAUCAUGAAUGGAGAGAUAUUGGAGACAAAUAAGAACAGAAUACUUGCACCUGUUUCUGUAUUAGACAAUGCAAACAGCUGAUCUGUUGGGAUUUGAAGAUUUUGUCCUUGGAACCUUUGCAAUAAGAGCAUCAUCUUGUCAAUGAAAUGAUCAUAGAUCAAGGGAUAAUGGAUAGGUGUCCUGAAAACAAAAACCUGAGAAGCUGUGAUCCUGAGUUAGAGCUCUUUAUCUUAUCAUAAUUUGAUAUGAAACAUUUACUCAGAACUCAGUGCAGAUGUGUGAUUAUAUAAGAGUCACAUGGGAUACAGUUAUAAAUAUUAUUCCUAGAUUUGUCUUGUAUUUGUUCCUUCAGCUGCGUAAAUUAGAUAACUGCAUGCAUAUGGAAGUACUUAUUGUAUAUUUGUGAUAAGUUUUGCUGUUACAGUUCAGUUCUUGGCUUGUUAUAAAAACAAUUUCUGGACAUUU